CCACUUAACCAAUCCGGUGCUCCUCCUUCGGGCCCCCCAAUCUCUUCUGGUCCUCCACCUCCAUUGAGCACUCGAAUGCCACCUCCUCCAUCUUCGCAGGCUAACCUUUUCAGAACACCUUCCAUGGCACCCGCUUCUGGCGCUGGGCUCUCAUCUAGGCUUUCGUCAGGGUCUAGCUACUCUGGUCUCUCCUCACUCGUUGUCCCGGCAUCCGCUGGUCGUAUGCAUCAAGCAACCUCGCACAUGGCCAUUCCAGUCUCAGUUCGUUUAGGAUUUCCCACCUCAGUGAUGCCUGGUAUGACACCAGCUUCUUCAGCACCUUCACUUCUGCUUCUUCCACAGCUUAAUGCUUCGCCUGGAAGAGGCCCAGGCCUACAUUUUGCCGUUUCUUCAAUGACUCCAUUGCGUCGUCACCAAGAGGACAGCAUUAUGCUACCUCAAACCAAUCCAGCAAGGCUUGAUGUUGGAGUGACUUUCAUUUUGCUUGAAGAGACGAGUGGAGGGGAUUCGUAA